GCAACCCCACCUUUCAUAACGACUCUGCUCUAUUUUCGCGCCUCUCAUUCCUUCCUUUCUCCCACAUGGCACGCUUCAGGCAGGCCAGUGCCUGAUCUGACGCCUCGCCCUCGACCACUGCUGAUAACAGGAGCCACAGCUUCUGUUGAUCAGAAAUAUAGUCGCGUUUUCGCUGUGGCUUGUCCGCAGUGCGUUUCCCCCUUUUUCGCGAGUCUACAUUCUCCAACUACCGAUCAUUCUCAACAACAGUACACCUCAAUCCCGUGCAUCGUUUCGCGUUCCGGCUAACACUACUCCUCAGGUCCAGAACCGCGUCUUAGUUCGCUUUCCUACAUGUGUUAUUACAAAAUGGCGGCUUCGGCCUUUACCGCAAGGAGCCCGCAUCCCGCGCACACCCUCCUCGGCGCCGCCACCGCCCGCUACGACGACCCGUUCGAUUCCAGCCCAAAGUCGCUCUGCGACUCGUGCAGCGUCUUCCCCGAUUCGCCGGCGACGCUGGCGUCGCCGUCCUUCCCGAGCCGCCAUCAUUCGUUCGUGGCGCCGCGUUUCAGUCGGAGCCCGAGUAGUAGCGAGGAGGGGAGCGAGUUUUCGUCUGAAGACGACGCGCCCGACUCCAAUCCGGCUGUCGCCGCGCUGUCGCCGACGCAACAGGCGACGUCGCCGAUGUUUUCGCCGACGCUGGAGGCGACGUCGCCAUCGCUGCAGGCGAUGCGGCACAGCGUGGAGGACAUGGAGAUCCGCGCGCUCGAGGGGAAGCUCGCGCUGCUCGCGACGCAGCGCCAGCUCAGCGCCGUGCGCUGCGAAAACUUCAUCCACAUGAUCGAGUCGUCCAUUGGCGGCGGCGACGGCGACGAAGGCGGGGCUCCUUCCGCCGCUAGCAGCGGCGGGGGCGGCGGUGCCGUUAUCCGCGGUGGCAGCGGGGAGCUUCAUUCGUCGGCGGGUUCUACAAGGAGAGAUUCUGCUACACACGCCAUUAGAGAUAGUUAUUGUAACGAGGUGGACCAAGAAGAUGACGGAAACGAGGAGGACGACGAAGCCGACGAGCCGCCGUCGCCGCUUCAGCGCCGAGUUUCCCGGCGACGGUCCAAGGAGGUAUUGGAGCUGACUUGUAACGACGUGGAAGACGACGGGAAUGAGGAGGACGACGAAGCGGACGAGCCGCCGCCGCCUCAGCGCCGCGUUUCACGGCGACGAUCGUUGGAGCUGACGUCAUUCUCGGUCAAGGAGCGCUCGUUGGAGUCGACGCCGCUUUUCAGCUCCGGUCGAUUUCUCUCGCGGUCGUUCUCGUCGCGCGCCUUGGAUCUGUCGCCGUCACCAGUCGCACACGUCGCACGUGUGCACAGCCAUGGUCCGAGCUCCUCGCCCUCCGUUCGCACGUCGCACACUCGCUCGCCGCGCGGCAGUCUCGCGGCGUCGCACAGUCACGCUCACUCCCACAUGCGCGCGCAAGCGUCGCGCGAUCUAAGCUUCUACGACACGCACGCUCCUCUCCCCCGCGCUCCCGCCACUCACGUUGCGCAUCACCCGCCCAUCUCGCGCGCGAAGACAACCCCUGUUUCCAGUCGCCAUCAUUCCGCCACCUUCCUCGUGCCCGCCAGCCCUACUAGCGGCGGAGCCUCGGGGGGGGCGUUUUCCGCGGAGUUGCGGCUUUCCGCGGGGCCGCUUUCCGCUAGGUUGGGUCCGCGCGGAGACUUCAGCUGGGAUUUGGGGUUUAGUCAUCGUUCGCUUGGCGAAAGCCCUAGUGGUGGUUACGGUGGAGCAUCAUCGUCGUCAAUCCUUCGCGGCAAAGCCAAGUGCAAGUCGGCGCGCUUCAGUAGCACUUGCGCCCACUCAAUGUCGUCGCGCCGCUCGCUGCACCGAUUGGGCAGCUGGGCACAUCUUGACGACGAGCAGGUGUUUUCCCCAUCUAACGGUUUCCGAUCACCCAGCGGUUGAUUGGACGGCCUGGAUUAACCUACAAGAAGCUGUACCUUGACGAGGUUGGGGUGUUUCCCCCAUCUGAAGGCUCCGAUCAUCCUGUUACAGAUCUGACGGCCAUAAUCAUUUCAAGACAUUCAUCUCAAGACAACCAUAGAAGUAAGGGAUAAGGACAAGGGGCCGUAUCUACAAAGAGGAAUAUCAAAAGGCUAUCAGGUACCGUAUUAGCCAUUUUUCCUGCAAUGUUUCGCCCUAGAGGCAAGGCAUUGUCCAGGAUUAGGAAGUUAGGACAAGGGCUAGGGUAAGAUCAUCUACGGUACCUAUGUAUGCCCCAAAUUUUCUUGUAUUUUCCAACUCCUAGUGAGUUGAGCCUUUAGUGGAACUUUCUGUCC